AUGAGAUGAGAUGAGAUGAGAGGUCGUAUGCUGGUUAUUAUAUAGUAAUCGAAUGUAUGAAAGAAAAAGAAAGGAACAGAAGAAAGAAAAGAAAGGGAGAAAAGAGAAAAGAAAAAGAAAUAUUCAUGGCCGAAGAAAUUUGUCUCUUGGAUGUUGUUAUUACAUCGGCAGAGAAUGGGAGGAGAGGACGAGUUUGUACGUAUUGAGAAAUCAAUGGUUUAACCUCGAUUGAAGACCGGGGGAGUACGAGAAAGAGAAAGAGAAAGAGAAAAGGAAAGAAGGAGAGAGAGAGAGAGAGGAGAGAGAGAAAGAGAGAAAGAGAACUCGAUGGAUCCGAUGGUGGUACGCCUACGUAAUGUGCAUUCCUUCGAGCAUAUCCAGUUAAGUUUCUGGUGCAUGUCAUGCGUCGAAAAGAAGAAGAAGAAGGUAGUAAGAAAAAGUAGAAAUAAUAAUAAUAAUAAUAAUAAUAAUAAUAAUUAUAAUAAUAAUAAUAGUAAGAGUAAGAAUAAAAAUAUUAGCGGUAAUAGUAAUGGUAAUAGUAAUUUGUUAAAAAAGAGGAAAGAGGAGAAAGAGAGAGGACUGUAACGAAAGGAAGAUAGAUAUAUCUGGAGAAAGGAAUGUUCUGACACAAAAAAAUACGUACGCACGCACGCAUACAUGUACGCGCGCGCGCGCACACACAGACACAUACGCAUAACAUAUAACACACAUACAUAUAUACAUACACGAUAUUUACAUGAUAUAUACGUAUAUCGAUUGUGUCCGGAGUAAAAUCGGCACACUUUGUUCUCGUUUGGGAUCCUCGAGCUCCUCGUUACCGAUUGGGAUACGUGUUUGAAUAAUUAAAAAAAAAAAAAAAAAAAAAAAAGAAAAGAAAAGAAGAGAAAGAUGACGUUUUUAUUACGACAGAAUCUAGCCUGGAAGAGCUGGAACAGUCUGGAUAGAGGGGUAGAAAGGACGUGAGGGGGAGAAAAAGAAGAAGAAACAAUAGAAAAAUAAAGAAAUAAAGAAAUAAAGAAAUAAAAAUUACGAGUCGAAAAAAAAGAAAAAGAAGAGGAGGAAGAAGUGGUAGUGGGAGGAGGUAAAGGGGGAGGUGUGGAGAAAGAGAGGAGCAUUCGCAGAGGUGUUGCGAAGAAUGUAUAGGUGUACGGAUUAUCGAAGUAUCGUCAGGAUGUUCAAGAGCAGGAUCUUUCAAGGCGACCUCAGCCCAGUCCCGAUUCCGGGCAGCUUGCAACAAUCCAGUCAACAAGGUCAGCAAAAUGAGCAAGAGCUGGCGACAAAAAUGUUGCAAAUUCAAAGCAAACGAUUCUACCUUGACGUGAAGCAAAAUAGACGCGGAAGAUUUAUCAAAGUCGCCGAGAUCGGAGCAGACGGAAGAAGAAGCCAAAUCUAUUUAGCACUGAGUACAGCAUUCGAGUUUCGGAACCACCUGUCAACGUUUAGCGACUAUUAUGCAUCCUUAGGUCCACCGAAUCCGGAAAAUGUGCCGGAUGAUGGAAAACUCAAGUCAGAAAUGAUGGUCAAGGAUAAUAGGCGGUAUUACCUGGAUCUCAAAGAGAACUCUCGUGGUCGUUUCCUGCGGGUGAGUCACCCUGUGUCACAAACGAUAACACGAGGAGGACCUAGGACGCAGAUCGCGAUACCUGCGCAAGGUAUGAUUGAAUUCCGUGAUGCGUUGACGGAUCUUUUAGAAGAAUUUGGUACCGACGAUGGAGGUUUUAAAGGUGACCUACCCGAUGGCCGCUAUAUGCGCGUUGAAGGAAAGAAUUUUUAUUUUGAUAUAGGUCAAAAUAAUCGUGGCAUCUACAUGAGAAUUUCCGAGGUGAAAACGAACUUUCGAACAGCCAUUACCGUACCGGAGAAGUCCUGGGCGCGUUUCCGUGAUAUAUUUGCGGAUUACUGCGAGAAAAUGCAAGAAGGUGGUGGAGCAGGGGUUGGCGUUGGUGGUAUGAGCGGUGGCAGCGGUGGCAGCGGUGGAAAUGUUCUUUCAGAUGGGAAGGGCUCGGUAGUGGCACAGGUGUCCCAGUCGAAGAGACCUAACAGCAACAACAACAACAACAACUACAACAACAACAACAACAACAACAACAACAAAAGCAAAAUCGAGAAACGUCAAAGCGAACAACGUCAGCGUGAAAGUUUGAAAAGACGAAAAUCCUUACCCCAACACGGAGAAACAUCCACCGUCAAUCCUACAAAAUCCAUGUCAGCAUCUGUUUCACAAUUAACAACAACAACAACAACAACAACAACAACAACAACAAUUCCUGCUACAACGGUCCCAUCCAUCAUCAUCGAUCCAUCUCCUUCCAAUGUAAACACGUCGAUAAUAGCCGCUACAGUCGUUGGACAAAAGAGCAGCAACGUAAACGAAGGAAAUGUUUCUACCAAUACGGCUACUAAAUCGACUUGCGAUAUGCAAGGUAUUUUACAGUUCGAACCAAUUGAAAUUUAAAUUUCCCGCGCCGAACACUUUCGAUUUCUCUUUUCCUAUCGGAGAUUCGAUAUUCGUUCAUAAUUUAGCCGUGUGCGGCGCGCCUACUGCUAUUCGGCCGAUGGCCGCCAUAUUACCGCGCAUGCGCGUUGUUGUCUUUUCUUUAGACGCGCGUUGUUAAAUCGUUCCCUACAUAUUACGUGUGUUCUUUAUUUUCUCAUUAAAAACAUUUCUCAGCUUUUCCUUA